AGUCCGUUGGUCUGGGCGGAAUUGUAACAUAAUUUUGGUCCUGGGGAGCCUUCCCUGUACCUUUUUAUCCUACUAGCUCGUUGCCAAAUCUCGUAAUGCCGCUGUUAAUUUAUCAUGCAGAUCGGGGAUGGGGAGGAGGAAUCUGCCCUGUGCAACUUUAAAGGAGAGUAAGUCCUACAGAGGGGCUUGCUUUCAGGUAGAGGGGCACAUGAUUGCAGCUUUAUGAAUUGUCACAUAUUCCGUGUGAGAGUCUGGGAGUGAAUAACCAAGACUGCAUCACGUAUUAUUGCGGAGCUGGGUCUGAAUGAUCACCACCAGAAUGAGGUUAUCAACUACAUGCGAUUUGCUCGCUCCAAGCGUGGCCUGCGUCUCAAGACGGUAGACUCUUGUUUUCAGGACCUGAAGGACAGCAGGCUGGUGGAAGACACAUUCACUAUUGAUGAAGUGACAGAUAUAUUGGAUGGCUUACAAACUGUGGUACACAGCGAAGUGGAAUCAGAACUUAUUAAUACAGCACACACCAAUGUACUACUUCUGCGCCAGAUUUUUUCCCAAGCAGAGAAUUGGUAUCUUAAACUACAGACUGACAUAUCGGAGCUGGAAAAUAGAGACUUACUAGAGCAAGUUGCAGAGUUUGAAAAGUCAGAAUUUACAACUUCAAAUAAGAAGCCUACUCCAGAACUGGUGAAGCCUAAACUUACUCCACUGCAUGAAGGGGCAUCAGAACUGUUGAACAAGGAAAUUGCAAGAAUCCAAGAAGAAAAUGAAAAAUUGAAGACUAGAUUAAAGACCAUAGAAGUGCAGGCUACAAGUGCACUGGAUGAAAAAUCAAAGUUAGAGAAGGCUCUACGAGAUCUACAAAUUGCCCAGGGAGAUCAAAAGUUUAACACAACUCAGGAUAUUAGUGAAUUAGAAAAUAGCAUGGCUGAUCUGAAGUGCCAGCUUGAAAAGACUUUGCAAGACAGUACUGCAAGCCAAAAAUCAUUGGAAGAGAAUCUGGUAACAACAAAGCAUGAUCUUCUUAAGGUUCAGGACCAGUUAGCUAUGGCUGAAAAGGAAUUGGAAAAGAAGUUCCAACAAACAGCUGCCUACCGCAAUAUGAAAGAUAUUCUCUCCAAGAAGAAUGAACAGAUAAAGGAGCUACGAAAGAAGCUUUCAAAAUAUGAACCAGAUGAUUAAGAACUGAAGAUCAUUUGCUAUGUUAAGAAACUGCCACAAAAAGAAGAUGCAGUGGAUCUUGAAAAUGGGAUCUAUUUUUUCCAAUGUAUUGCAUUUUAUGCUUUCCAAGGAGUUUGUUUCCUGUUUUUCUAAAAAAAAUUGUUUAAUGUUUGGAAUCCAUAAGAGAACUGAGAAAAAAGAAAAGUGAUAGUUCUAUUUCUGUAUUUUAUGCCUAUUUUUGAAUAGUUACCUUGUGCAUUACCUGGAAAGCUACUAACACACAAGUAGUAGCCAAUUCUUGUAAAGUAGAAAUAUCUGUUUUAAACAAAAUGUUAAAAAGUUUAAAUUCCAGUUCUUUCCAUUCCUAUAAGAUACAGGCCCAAAGAGUUCAUUCCUUACAAUUUACAUGCUUCUCAAACGUGGCCUUUCUUUUACAGUUGUACUAGGAGCAGUAUAGUAUAGUAACUUGUUUAUUAAUACCUGCUAUUUAAGAAAAAAUGAUUAGCUCAAUAGUUUCCAAAAGAGCUUCUGUAAUAAAAAAGGAAAAAACCCACAAUCUAUUUGCUAUAUGUAGGCAGCAGAAAAGUAUUCAAGUGUUAAUUAACUAUUAAAAAAAUAUUUUUGUGUCUUGCACAUCUAAUUGAUCUUACUGUCUUAAGCUAUUUAUUACAUUACAAAUGUAAGACACGAACCACCACAUUUAUUUCCCAUACACCUUCCAUUCAUUUCACUGGCAGUUUGAACAGAAAUUCUGGGCAAUCCAUGCUGAAAUUAAUAGGUUAUGUGCAGCAAGCAGUCCUUCUAGAUUCCUUCCAUGUAUUCCAGCAAAAACAUACUGCGCUUUAAAAUUAAAAGUUCAAUAGAACAAAAAGUAGUUUUUUCCAAAUCUGCUGAGUUGCCUAGAUGAAAAUGUUAUUUUGCAGUGAUGGCUUAAAUUUCCGAGGGAACCCUUGUUGCACAAUAGUUGACCACUUCAUUGUGUAUGUUUACCAGCCUUUUGGGUUCUGUGGAGCUGCCAUCCUGUUGUUAUAUUAAUUAUUUUUGUUAUAUAUGUUAUCAAAUUCUUCAGAAAUUCAAUGGAAAUUCUGCUGCAGAUAUUAUGGUGGGCGGGGGGUUUCAAGCAAAAUCACAAGGACAAUAAGUUUUUGUCCCUUAGUUUAGAUACAAUAUCUAACCUCUAACUGAAUUUAUAUCUCUUGACCUUUGUAAAAGCUAGCACCCAGUGUAUAUCUGAAUGGGAUCUAAUUC